GCUGGGCCCCAUGGUGCCACCACAUGGGGAAGAGAAUUGUCAGAUGAGGAGGUGACAUCAUGCCAUUGUGUCUCCAAGGGGAAGUGAGAGUGGAUCUCCAGCCACUCCCCAUCCCCACUGCAGUCUCGCUGUCCCCAAGCUGCUCCGGCCUCAUGGCACCAAUGGCAUUGGCCCUCAUCCUGGGUUGGUGGCUGGUGGCAGCGAGCAGGGCCCAGCAUUGUGAGUAUGGGGACCAGGGGAAAAUGUGGACAGAGGGAGGGGAGCAUGGGCAGGAGGCCAGCAGAGGGGAAGGUGUGCAGGGACAAGGCUCACUGCUGUUCCUUUUCCAAGUGCCCAGACCCUCCCUGUCGCUGCACCCCAGCCAGGGGUUAGAAGUGGGGAGCAAUGUCACACUAAGGUGCCACCUGCCCUGUCCAGCUGCCUGGGUCUCGCUGCACCAGGAGGGAGUUUGGACAUUGUCCAGGUACAUUGACAAGGAGCAGGACAUGGCAGAGUUCUCCUUCCCUAGCAUAAUGAGGAAACACGCAGGUACAUAUUGGUGCCAGUACGAGGUGUCUGGUUAUGAGGACAUAUCAGCGAGGAGUGACCCCGUGGAUCUGGUGCUGACAGAUCACAGUUUUCCCCCACCCAACAUCUCCCUUCACCCCGAG